GCAUUUACACCCUACUAAAACCCUAAAAAUUGCAGAAGAAGGAGAAAAGGCAACGAUGGUGAGUGCUAAACCUAGUUUCAGAAAACAAGACCAAAAUCAGAAUAAACGCUCUUUUCAAAACCCUAACAAAUUACCACUUGGUCCAAACAGAAUCAAAACAAAGAAGAAGAAGAAAGACAAUGAAAUCAGUGGAACCAAAACAAAGAAAGAAUCAAAAGUUAUUGCUUCUUCUAAUCUUCCUGCUUCUCAGCAACUUAGCUUCUUCCUCAAUUGUUUCCAAUCCUCUAAUGGUAUCAAAUUUUCUUCUCUCGAGUUGGAAUCAUUCAAAGAUUCGUGCAUUGUCAAGUCACCUGUAGACCUAAAGCAAGAUGCUGAUUCUCUACACGAACAUAUGAAAGUGGCUUUUGGAAAGUCAUGGAAAGCAGAGCUCUGCGAAGGGAAGAUUUCAGAGGGAAAAAUUGAUGCAGGGAAUCCUGCAGUUCUUGUUAUUAGUACAUCUGCACUAAGAGCAUUGGAGCUUCUCAGGGGCUUACGGCCGUUGACAAAAGGGUGUCGUGCUGCAAAACUGUUCGCAAAACAUAUGAAGGUUGAGGAGCAGGUGGCGAUGCUAAAGACCCGUGUAAAUAUUGCUAGCGGUACGCCGAGCAGGAUUAAGAAGCUGAUCGACAUGGAUGCAUUGGGGCUUUCACGCUUAGCAGUGAUUGUGCUUGACAUGCACACGGAUACCAAGGGCUAUUCGUUGUUAACUCUUCCGCAAGUCAGCAAUGAAUUCUGGGACUUGUAUAAAACCCACUUUGAACAGCCGCUGAUACGAGGUGAUUUACGUGUCUGUCUAUAUGGCCCUAUAUCCUGCAGCAGUGAGGUAAAAACUACUGAUGAACCUCAUGAUGAUCUACUGUAGUUUUUUGUAUGUGAAAGUUUUGACCACUAUUAGGGAGUGUUAUACAAUAGUGUAAUGCACGAUAAUUCAAGUAAUUUUUUUUUACGGAGAGAUCAUAUUUAUUCAAUCUUUUAAAUGGUUAAGUUU